AUGGCAACAUACCAGGUAGAGGUGAGCACUGGAGACAUGGCCUACGCAGGGACCUGGGACCACAUCUCAGUGACCUUGGUCGGGACUGCAGGCCAGAGCCAGAAGACAGAGCUGAACGGCUGGGGCAGAGACUUCGGUGUGGGCUCAAUCAGGACUUACAGUGUGACCACCCCCUCCUCUCUGGGUACUCUGCUCCUGCUGAGACUGGACAAGGAGCCUGUGAUGCUUCUGCCCGAUAACUUGUGGUUCUGCCGCAGUGUUCGUGUGUCUACUCCAGAGGGCACCAACCAUCUGUUUCCCUGCUAUCGCUGGAUCUCCAGAGGGGAGCUGGUGGGAGUGAUAGAACACUACUACCCCUCAGACGCAGAUGUGCAAAGAGAUUCAGAACUGCAAGAAUGGAUCAGUGACAUUUUCACUUAUGCCUUUCUGGGAGAAAAGGCAUCAGGUUGUCCUCAGAGCUUCAGCUCAGUGAAGGAUCUAGUCAAGUUCGUCACCAUGAUAAUCUUUAAUUCCUCAGCCCAACACUCUGCAGUCAACAAUUGUCAGUUCGACUAUCAGUUCUGGGUUCCUAAUGUCAGUAUGCUCCUGGUUAGCGCUCCUCCCUCCACUAAGGGCCAGUCCACCAUGCAGACAGUCUUGGACGCUCUUCCGAACGUUGGGUCUACAGCCACCAACGCUCAGAUGUGCUGGACCUUGUCUUAUCAAUAUUCUGAUCUGGUGCCUUUGGGCUGUUUCCCCAACCAGCGUUUCGACGAGCCGGUCGUGAUGCAGUUGAUGAAGGACUUUGAAGCAGAGCUGGCUAAUCUCGAGGAAGAAAUCAUAGAGAGGAAUAAGACACUCCCUUUGCCCUACCCCUACCUGCUCCCCUCUCAAAUCGAGAAAAGCAUUGCCUUGUAA